UCAACUAAUUAAUUUCCUGAUUUCAGAUAGCUUAAUCGUGAUGUAUUUCCUUUGUUACAGCAUUCAACUGGCAUUUCAACCUAUCGCAAGCGAAGAUUGUGUACGUAAUAACGUGAAAGAACCACGGAAAUGUCUGUUAACAUAGGUCUUUCUGGUUUGGAAAUGGAACGUGGUACGGAAAGCAUUCAUGCGUGUUUUCCGGCCGAAAUGGAAGGUGACAACUGCUCUCCUCGUGACGAAGUCCGAGAGAGCAGAAAACAGGCCCGAGACUCGUCCAUCAGCGGCUGCUUCGGGUGGGUCCGAAAGUGGAUAUGCAUUAAAAAUGACUUGGAUAGUGAUGAAGAUUUUUAUGAGAGGAAAUGCCCAGACAACACGGGAGAGUGCACAGAAGACUCCCGAGACUCGUCCACCGGCGGGUGCUUCGAGUGCAUCCGAAAAUGGGUAUGUGAGAAGUUUCCCAGGAGCCUCGGAAAAGAACAAGAGACCCUGACAGCACAGCGACCUGUGACGGCGACAGCCCAGCGCCCUGUGACGCCUGUGGCGGUGACAGCACAGCGACCUGUGACGGCAACAGAACAGCGCCCUGAGACGCCUGUAACGGCGACAGAACAGCUACCUGUGACGGCGACAGCCCAGCGUCCUGUGAUAGCAACAGAACAGGGCCCUGUGACGCCUGUGGCGGUGACAGCACAGCGACCUAUGACGGCAACAGAACAGCGCCCUGUGACGCCUGUAACGGCGACAGAACAGCUACCUGUGACGGUAACAGAACAGCGACGCGGCGAGUGGAACUGCGUUAGGGACAGGAACGAAGGCAGCCACACAGCGACAUGUAGCACAGGCGACCAUGCAGACUACACUCUGCACGAGGGAGAGGCGCACUGCUCAAUGCUGAACCGUGCGGACGCUGUGGAAAUGGACCUGAUGAGUGCAGCGGAAACUCAGGGGGGAGCAGAAAACUCAGUGUCUGAAAGAAAUGAAAACGGACAGACACUGAGUUUACCAGCUCCUGAACUGAAAGAAAUGGAUCCACAAGCAACAGAAGAACGGCCCUUGAACGCAAGUGCAGAGCAGGUACAAACGGAACUGGAAGUACCAAAGACUGACAAACAAAUGAAGAGACUUGAAAAGGAAAACAGGAGACUAAGGAAGAUCCUUAAAAACCUGACAGAAGAGCGAGGAGAACAACUUGAUGAGGAAUUCGAGCCUCCCAGCAUGCAAGACGCUCUCUGUCAGAAGAAUUACAUGAGGAGGGUAAAGAAGCAAACCAAGAAAAUGGAGGACCGCAUUACCAGUCUAAGAGCUGCGCCUCCUAACAGACCAAGAGACCUUGACAGCACAGCGGCCUGAGACGGCGACAGCCCAGCCACUGGCGAGGGCGACAGCCCAGCGAGAGCACAGCAACUUGCGACGGAGACAGCACAGUCACCGGCAAGUGCGACAGGCUAGCCGCCGGCAAGGGCGACAGCACAGCGACUUGCGACGGAGACAGCACAGUCACCGGCAAGGGCGACAGCACAGCGACUUGCGACGGAGACACCACAGCCACCGGCAAGUGCGACAGGCUGGCCGCCGGCAAGGGCGACAGCACAGCGACUUGCGACGGAGACAGCACAGUCACCGGCAAGGGCGACAGCACAGCGACUUGCGACGGAGACAGCACAGCCACUGGCGAAGGCGACAGCCCAGCGAGAGCACAGCCGAUUGUACAAGAUUAAAAUAUCGUUCUUAUUGUAUAUGUUAUUUAGUAGUACAGGGAGAUCGAGAAGUUGCGCACAUCACAUUAAGCAAUUAUAUUUUGCUGGUUUAAUGCACAAACUACAAGGCAUACAGCACUUACUAUUAAUGUUUAUAAC